CCUGAUGAAACUGAAGCGGACUCGAGAUAGAAGAGUUAGCUGGAUUUAAGGAACGUGUUGGGGUCCGAGUUCAUUAAGCUCGCUGCUCUGCAUUUCCCACAUUCCCACAACAUAAGGCGGUUUUGUCUCGUAGAGACUAGAGAGAGAGAAACACAGAGUGGAGUUUCUAGAGUGAGAAGAAGUGAGAGAUAGAAGCACAAUGGGGAAACCAAACUCCUGCUUCAAGAUUAUCACAUGCGGCAACGAUUCAGCGGACGAUCUCGAUGUUUCUGAGAGAAAGGGUUCAAGUGAUAAACGUGGCUGGAGUUUCCAUAAGAGGUCUGCACGGCAUCGAGUGCUAAGCACCACUGUGAUCACUGAAACCCCAACUUCUGGAAAUAAGGAGAGCCCAGAAUCUGCCCCUCUUGCUUUCCAAUCACCAGCUAGCACGACUGUUCCAGAGAAAGUCUCUAUAAUACAAUACACUGAUGAGAAACCACAGUUGUUGACUCCUGAGAUCCCAAGAGUUUCUGCAACAGAAAAUGCAUCGGGAGAUCAAAGUAAGGUUGAUGACAAACUGGAAGAUGAAAACAAAGUUGAUGAAAAGCUGGAAGCUGAAAGCAAGGGUGACGGCAAACUGGACGAGUCUGCUGCUGCUGUUGUUGUCCAGACCGCUGUCAGCGGAUCAUUGGCCCAAAAAUCAUUGCUGGAUCUGAAAAAUGUAGUUAAGUUGCAAGCUGCUGUCCGGGGGCAUUUGGUGCGUAGGCAUGCUGUUGGGACGUUACGAUGUGUUCAAGCCAUUAUCAAAAUGCAAGCUAUUGUUCGCGCACAUCAAUCUCUUCAGAAGGAUAAUCAUUUGUCAACAACCUCGAAGAAGGCAAAUGUAAGCUACAUUUCCAUUGAAAAGCUCCUGAGCAACAGCUUUGCCCGCCAGCUCUUAGAAUCAACACCGAAGAACCAACCUAUUCAUGUUAAGUGUGAUCCUUCAAAGCCUGAUUCUGAUUCUGCUUGGAAAUGGUUGGAAAUGUGGAUGUCAGUCUCAACAAAGGAUACUCCUCAUUUAAAAGAAGCUGUAUCAGUGGUAGAACAGCAGGAAACAGAAAAGGAAGAAAUUACUGAGUCUCCACUUGAAUCUAAGAUUCAAUAUUGUGAGAUGGAAGAAUCAAAUUCCAGCAUAAAAGAGUCGAAUGCGCUUUCUGAAAGUGAAGAAAGUCUGAUCACUUAUGAUGCCGACAGUUUCAACUUUCAGCCUAUCAAUUCCACCUCUUUCACUGUGAGACACAAUAAUGAGCAGCCUCAGUUUGAGAAUGCCAGUACAUCUGCUGUGCAAGAGAGCGCAGUUGAAAUAAAUUUAUCAGAUGCAGAUUCCUACAUGGAGUUCAACGCCUUAUCUGAGAAACCUGUUAUUGAAACUGAACAACCUAAACGUUCUAUGAAAAGAUCUGCCACCGAUCAACUGGAAACUGAUGGAAAGAAAUCUGUAUUUGGUUCCAGGAAGGUGACUAAUCCUGCAUUUGUUGCUGCUCAGUCCAAAUUUGCAGAGCUGACCUCAACAACCAAUUCAGCUAGGUCAAUCAGUCCAUCUCUUGAAGAUGCUUCUGGAGUUGAAUCACAAAGGGACACAUUCUCAUCUGAGGUCGAUUCUGAACUCAGAUCAAAGGAGCCAAGUGUACCAGAUAAUCUAGUCAUCCCCCAUGGAUCACAAGUUCAAGUGGGUGGUUCAGACUGUGGCACCGAAAUCUCUAUCUCUUCCACUCUUGAUUCGCCUGAUAGAUCUGAUGUUGGAGCCACGGAGCGUGACCAUGAGCAUCAUGUGAAAGUUUCAGAGGAAAGGAUUUGCAGUCCAGACAAUACAAUAAACAUUGAUGUUGAAACUAAGGAUUCCCCGGAAACCCCAGUCUCCAACUCAUGUAACAGUGUCGCAGAACCAGAGAAAAUUAAUGUUGUCAAUGAUGAAACCAUUAAUUCUAAGGUUGCUAUGAUCCCCCCACAAGCAGAGUCAAAGCCAGAGAGAACCACCUCUGACGUACAGAGAGAACAGGACACUUCAGCAAGUAUGCAAGCCUAUGGGUCAUCACCAGAAGCCUCUCCAAGAAGCCAUUUGACUGUCCCUGAAUCACAACAAGGGACGCCUUCAAGUCUGAUAUCAGUGAAAGCGAAGAGGAGCAAAGCUGACAAGAGUGGAUCUAAUAAAAAACGCAUGUCACUGUCUGCAGGAAAGAAAUCACCCUCUAAUCCAAAUCAUGAUUCUGCCUCGAGUAAAGAUAACAAAAGUGGGAAGAGACGUAAUUCAUUUGGUUCAACUAAACCUGAUCAGGCUGAUCAAGAACCAAGAGAUAGCAGCAGCAGCAGUUCUAUCCCUCAUUUCAUGCAAGCCACAGAGUCUGCUAGAGCAAAGCUUCAAGCAACUACCUCUCCUAGAUCGAGUCCAGAUGUGCAAGAGAGGGAGAUUUACAUCAAGAAGAGACAUUCCUUACCUGGAGUGAAAGGAAGGCAGGGAUCUCCUCGCAUCCAGCGCUCCAUGUCUCAAGCUCAGACACAGCAGGGUGCAAAGGGAUCAGAGAGAAAAUGGCAAAGGUGAAGAAGUAAAAUGAUCAGACACAUGAAAGACAAUGGUGGCAGAGGACCAACUCCAUUAACUGGACAUUUGGGGUAUGUUGAUUACUUGACUGGUAGCUAGUUUUCCCCGGCUUGGAUAGCGCCUUAAUUAAUUAACCCACGCUAGUUACUGGAGUUCGAUAAAUAUAUAAAACUGAGCGAGGUUUUAAUGUACAUUUUAUAUUCUUUAUUUCCUACUGUUUGUUCGUUAUUGUUUUCUGUAACUUGUUCCAAAUGGUAUAAAUCUCAGUGUGAUAUUGUUUGGGUUUGAUCCAGAUGCCUAAAGCUUGGGUUUUGGCCGAAGUUUGAGGCACAAUAUAUAAGGUGGAGAGUUUUUGUAUGCUUUUUGCCAGGUGUUUAUUGUAAUAAGAUUGAACUUCU